AUGUCCGAAACGAAAGACUCCGAACACAAUGCAACAACUCAUAUAGAAGAUGGGAGUACUCUUCCUGUAACCAAAGAGGAAUUUCAAGAUGCGUUACAGGAACUCAGUGAUAGCGAGAUGGCUAUGAGCACUUGGCAGGCAGCCAAGGCCCACAAACGCAUUCUUAUGUAUUCUAUGGUCCCAUUUCUUUGCGGAAUGGCAUAUGGGUAUGAUACUGUUGCGAGCAGUUCAACUAUUGCGAUGCCCUCCUUUUUACUUUCCUUCGGAGCAGUGAACCCGGAGACUCACUCGCUUUAUGCCCCCUCAAUUUGGAGUGCUUUGUGGACUGCAAUGGCCAAUCUUGGACAAGCGAUUGGAUCAUUUGCUAUCGGACCCUUGGCUGAGUGGAUCGGGCGUCGGUAUGCAAUCGUGUUAUUCGCUGUGCUCUCGUGUGCUGGCGUCGCUGUUCAGUUCACAGCAACCACCCGGUGGGCUCUUUUAAUUGGAAAGAUGCUCAAUGGAGUUUGCAGUGGUGGUAUCAUGGCUUGUGGAACAACCUAUGCAGCCGAUAUUGCUCCUGUCAAGUUGCGAGGGCCAAUAUUGCAGGGUAUUGUUUUAUUUACUGUCGCCAUGCAGGGCACUGCUCUUGGGAUUGUGCGAUCAAUGGUCACCAAUACAGCGCCGAUCGCUUGGAAGGUCGUGUUUGCCAUCCAAUGGCCUGUAGCUGUCUUGCUGUUUUCUGCCCUGUGGAUUCCUGAGUCUCCGGGGUGGCUCAUCUCCCAAGGAAAACCUGAAGCGGCACGCCGCUCACUUAUCCGACUAUAUGGCCAGAAUGACACUAUCGAUCUUCGACUUCAAUCUCUCCAGAAUGUCCUCGCUGCAGAAAGAGCACUUCAGACCCACGAUAAGCCAUCCUUCGUCGAAUGCUUCAGGCCCGCCAAUCUCAAGCGCACGCUCACAGUCUGCCUGGUCAUGUUCGGCACGGGCCUUCUGGGCGUCUCAUUUUUGAAUCAGAAUACUUAUGUCCUUCUUACACUUGGUCUUCCUGCCGUACAUGCUUUUGAUAUCGGGGUCGGCGGCUUCUUCCUUGCCUGUGUAGUGAUUGUGAUCUCCUGGCUUUUCACCGACGCCAUUGGCCGCCGCCGGCUAUGGCUGAUUGGUGUCACCGGUACGAUCCUGGGAAUGGCCACGAUCGGAGGUCUGGCAUAUGUCAAAAAUACAGCUAGCCUGUGGGCCAUCGCUGUGGUCAUGAAUCUUCUCAUCCCAUGGCAGGUCUACACUUGCACCGGUAUGGCUUGGACAAUGACCCCGGAAAUCUCGUCGUCUCGCCUUCGACAGCAUACCCAAUCCAUAGGGUUCCUAGUCCAGGCGGUAUCAAGCUGGGUUUUCCAUAUGAUCGUGCCAUAUAUGUAUAACACCGAUGCUGGGAAUCUUGGUGCCAAAACGGGGUUUGUUUUCGCUGGUCUCAGUGCCGUUUUGCUUGUUGCGUCGUGGUUUAUGAUCCCCGAAACGGCUGGUAAAUCUGUAGAGGAGAUCAAUAUGGCCUAUCAAGAGGGUGUUACUCCACGGAAGUUUGCCAGCUUCCAACUGAGCCCUGAGUCAUGA